CUAAUUUUUUUGUAAACAAACCGGAUCGUUUUAAUCGAUUCCGAAUGUAUUGACCACAUAAACAUUUUCCUUGUGUGACCAGAUCUUGGGUUGGUAUUAUUACCGGUAAUUUCCAUCCAAUGGUGCUGGACAAUUUUCGUGUGACAUCGCUGACUGUGCUGAAACGUCGACGAGCCGACAAUGAAUUCAUUUCACCCAAUAGUGAUGACGAUUGCAGUGCAACGUUUAAGCUAAAUUUUCGUUUAUUCUCAACAACCGGCAAGAGAUCCAUGGAUUUGGUUGAUAAUGUUGGUGACGUUGGUCUUGACUUUGGCAACGACGAUGGCCCCAACGAAUUUGGAUAGAUAUUUUCGGCGGACAACAUUAUGUUUAACAAAUGAUGAAUGGAAGGCGCCGUUAAUCACAUGCAAAUUGUCAAUUUCUACGGUCACGAUUGAAUAAUUGGGCUUAAUUAUAUUCCUCGAAUUGAAUAUUUCUGGGUUUUUGUUCAAUGAACGUGAAAUUUUUUUGACAGAAGAAGAAAGUGCAAUACUAAUUAUGCUUCUGAAAAUAAAAGUGCGUAAAUGAACGAAAAUAAAGAUGUGUAUGCGCGGGAGUGACAAAAUUCGUGACUCAAUUCAAUCUAAGUCUCACGACAAGUAGCCGAAAUAGGGCAACGACUUUCAUUAAGACAAUGCAAUUCAAUUUCACACUCAACAAAUCAUUAAAUGUCACCCAAAUCCGUCUGUGCAGUUAAACACAUUUUUAGUUUCUUUUUGAUUAAUUUGGCCACAUUCAUCUGGAUUACAAUGUUAUUAUUGAGCAUUCUUUUGACACGAAUUCAUUUUGAUCGUGAAGGAAAGCAAGGCACCCGCUUGAAUGUCUGUGUGUAUGUUUUGGUGGGCGCGUAUAAAAACACCAAUUAUUUGUUACCAAUGGUCAGUUUUGAAAUUGAUGUGCAUUAACCAAGUUAAUUGAAGUGUAUAGUUCUGUAUUCUUUUGUGGAUAAUGUGAAGCAAUUAGCCAUUUAGAGUUUGACCAAAAAGUAUAGGUGUCUUUUUGAAAAGUAUGUUUUCUACAAAUCUUUUUAUUGCUACGGUGAUUUUUUGUGGUCGCAUUAGAGCCGAUGUGUCACAUCUUAAAUCAUUGGCCGGCUCAAUAAGUAACAAUCAUUUUCGAGGAUUUAAUGGAUAUAAUUAUAAUCCGCCAUCGCAUCAAUUACCCAGUCCAGCACCAAAUCCACCGACUUCAACAUUUCGGCCAGAAAUUAUCGUUAACAAAGCAGAGCCAUCAAAUACAUAUUUGCCACCAUCGACUGAAAGUCCGAUAGUGAUUCAUCCACCAGAUGACUUUGUUACAGACGGCUAUUUACCGCCAUUUCUCGAAGAAUUUCCACCUCUGCAAACUGAACCACCGCCCAAUUAUUUACCACCCGAAACUGUACCAGACAAUCAAUACUUGCCGCCGUCCGAUGAAGCAAAUGAAGGCUAUCAAUACUCAAAGCCAAAACAAUCAAAACAUCUACGAAAUUCAAAUUUAUAUCUGAAUACGCGGUCGAGCCCUUUGCACAUAUCGGUGAAUAAUUUGCAGUGUUUGGAAGGGAAUGGUGGUUAUUUUCAGGCGAACAUUGGUGUACAGAGUUUCAUUGAAAAUUUACCGAUAAUCGAUUUGGACACAAUCGAUCCACACUGUCAAUUACAUUUGGUUGGUGUUCGAUUGGUUUUGAGCAUAGCAAAUACCGAUUUUCAACGAUGCGGAAUUGUUGCAUGCGGUGCCAAAGAACUUUGCGUCAAUUUAAGAUUUCCACAAAUUUUCGGUAUGAAAUCACUUAAUGACAGUUUGCUAACGUUAAAGUGUAAGAUACAAGAGAGAGUGGUUAGCCGAACUCAUGCGUUUAGAUUUGGUGUAUCGCAAACGGGUCAAGCAAGAAAUGCAGCUGUAUUUGCCCAUGGCGGAACGAAACAACAUCUUCGUACACAGCUUGGAUUGUAUCGUCAAUCGGGUAGUGGUUUCACGAAAAGUUUAGAUGCCGGUGGCUUUGUUCAAUUGGGCGAAGAGUUAAUGCUUCGAGCUCAAGUAAAAGCUGGCGAUGGAUGGAAUGGUAGUCGAGUUGCAGACGUUUCGUUGCAACGACGUGGUUCAAGUGGUGAGAUUCUAAAUUCGGUGGCAUUAAUAAAAUCAAAUGGAUGCAUAAAUCCACAGAUGCAAUCAGUGUGUUCGGUACCGCCAGUAUUCGAACCACCGUUAGGCUAUCGUUUUGGCUUUCGUGCGGUCAUGUUUCAAGGUAUGAAAA